AUGCAUUUAUUCUUAACAACUUCAAACGCAAAAGGCAUCUCUCGUAUAUCAGAAACAGAAACAAGUUUCGUUCGCACUCAACUCAACUUCCCGGAAAAAAAAACCGACGGAGCUCGUCAUUCGCCGCCGGGAGAAAACGCCAGAAAUCCGAUCAGGUUUUAAUCACUUGAUACAUGGAAUCAUCAGCUGAAGAGUAUGCUGCCUUUGAAGAGAAAGUUAAAAGGACAGUGUACUUAGAUAACCUGUCACCUCAAGUUACUGAAUCUGUGAUUAGAACUGCUCUGGACCAGUUUGCACUUGUUAAAAGUGUCAAGUUUAUUCCCAAUUAUCUAGGAACAAACAGUCUGCCACAAUGUGCAUUGGUGGAAUUGGAUUCUCCCAAGAAGGUGAAGGAAGUGGAAGCUAUGAUUAAGCAGUAUCCUUUCAUGAUGUCAGGGAUGCCGCGGCCCGUAAGAGCUCGUCCUUCGGUAAUGGAAAUGUUUGAUGACAGGCCAAUAAAGCCUAAGAGAAAGAUUAAGUGUUGCUGGUUGGAGCAAAGUGACCCGGAUUUUGAGGUGGCAAAGGAGCUGAAGAAUCUUACACGGAAGCACUCUGCAGAAAUAACACUCAUGCACAAAGUUCUAUCAAAAGAAGAAGAGAAGUUAGCAACCCAGCAGGCUGAAACUCUUAGAGUGCACUACAAAAAGUAUAAGAUGAUAGAAAGCAUUAUGACUGACAGAGCAGCCCAUAAUUUGGCAAGAAAGUACAAUCUGGCUGUUGCAGAUGAGUGAAGGAUUCAUUUGGACUAACAAUUUAUUUGGAUUAACAAUUUAUGUAAAUAGCUUUUGUCUUUCUGAUUAGGAUCAAUUUUCACCCUACUACUCCUGCUAAAGAAAUUCUACUUGUACAUGAUACAUGAUCUUCAAUUCCACCCUUGCUCAACAUUUGAUUCUUAUGUUGUUUUCUUGUGAUCACAUUCAUUGUUAAUGUUUUAGUGGAAGUUGUAAUGUCCUUUCUCUGUCUUUGAUGGUAUAAGGGGCAACUAUUACACCUGGAUAUUCUGAAAUAUGAUAAGUAAAAGUGUCAUAUAUGUAUUGUAUACUUCUGGAAAUGUAUCUUAGAAGUA